GCUACGGUUGCUGAGAUCUGGAAGGAGAUAAUACAUCUCCAAGUUCUCUGCAACUAACAAAUCUGAAUUCAUCGUGACAUUUUGCAUAAUGAGUACCCCUGCCGUUCGACCCAUAUCAGAGUGCUUUGUCAAGCCGCACCCAGAAAGGCCAAAUAUGAACCAAAUAUGCUAUCUAUCUCCUUGGGAUAUUAUUUUGGUGUCUUCACACUACAUCCAGAAAGGCCUUCUCUUCAAGAAGCCCGCAUCACUUGUUAAUCAUCAAGAUUUCAUUCAGAAUCUCUUAGACAAGCUCAAGCGCUCUCUUUCUCAAACCCUCUUCCAUUUCUAUCCUUUGUCUGGACGCCUUGUCACUCACAAAACCCAUGAUCCACACUCUUAUUCCAUUUUCGUUGACUGUAUCAAUAGUGAAGGAGCCAAAUUCAUCUAUGCUACUUUAGAUUCGACCAUUUCUGACAUUCUCUCCCCUGUUGAUGUCCCGCCCAUUGUUCAAUCAUUCUUUGAUCACCACAAAGCAAUUAACCACGAUGGUCACACCAUGCCUCUGUUGUCUAUCCAAGUCACUGAACUAUUGGAUGGUGUUUUCAUAGGUUGUUCCAUGAACCACACUAUUGGUGAUGGGACUGCAUAUUGGAAUUUCUUUAAUACGUGGUCUGAGAUCUUCCAAGCUCUAGCUAAAGGUCAUGAAAAUGGUGUUCCUAUUUCACACCAACCCAUUCACAAUCGUUGGUUUCCGUUUAAUUGUGGCCCACCACUCAAUCUCCCCUUCAAACAUCAUGACGAGUUUAUUGGCAGAUACGAAGCACCCUCGCUGAGAGAGAGAAUAUUCCAUUUCUCUGCAGAGUCUAUUGCAAAGCUGAAAGCAAAGGCUAACUCAGAGUCCAAUACCACCAAAAUAUCUUCUUUCCAAUCCUUGUCAGCACAUGUUUGGAGAUCCAUAACUCGUGCCCGAGGGCUAUCCCAUGAUCAGAGAACAGGUUGCAAGUUGGCCACAAACAAUCGAACAAGAAUAGAACCACCUGUGCCUCAGGAAUAUUUCGGAAACUUGAUUCAUUUAGUGAGUGCAGAAACUACGGCAGGAGAAUUGCUUGAGAAUGAUAUAGGAUGGGCAGCAUGGAAGUUACACCUGGCUGUUGCAAACCAUAACUACACAGUGGUUCAGCAAAUGGCCAAAGAUUGGUUACAGUCUCCUUUUAUCCCUCAACUUGGUCGCCUUUUUGAACCCUACUGUGUGCAUAUGGGUAGCUCUCCCAGAUUCAACAUGUAUGGGAAUGAGUUUGGAAUGGGGAAAGCGGUAGCACUUAGAAGUGGGUAUGCCAACAAAUUUGCUGGGAAAGUGACAUCAUACCCUGGCCGUGAAGGAGGAGGAAGCAUAGAUUUGGAAGUGUGUCUUUUACCUGAUAACAUGAGUGCCUUGGAAUCAGAUGAGGAGUUCAUGAAUGUAGUUUCUGUGUUCAAUCCCUUGUACUAAGUUGUUAUGAAAUGCACUUCACCGUGAUGAAUUUUUACAUCUUUAAAAUAAGGCCAAUUUGUAUUUCAUUAAGCGCAGAAAUCCUUUUUUUUGCAUGGGAAGUCAUUUGCUAAGGUCAAUAUUGUCAGGAGCGUUAGUAUUAUGUGGUUAUCAACAUGGUUGUAAUUUUCUCUUAUAAAAUUUAUGCAAGUUUUAUAAAUAAUAAA